GUGUUACGCCCACUGAUGGCUCUGGCUCCUCCUCCCAUCAUGGCGGCCUCCACGGCUGACAUGUUCUGGCGGUGUGCGGAGCCGGUGGCGGCCAGGCGGGCGGUGGAGAUCCGUCACAUCGGCAGUGGCAAGGGGAGGGGGCUCUUCGCCACUCGCAGCAUCCGGAAGGGGGUGACCAUCUUCCAGGAGAGGCCUCUGGUGUCCUCCCAGUUCCAGUGGAACGCCCUGUACCGCUACAGAGCCUGCGACCAUUGCCUGCGAUCCCUGGAGACGGCUGAAGAAAACGCCAAGAGACUGUCCGGCAAUGUCCACGUGAGCCUCCCGUACCCCGAGCUGUGUUCCAUUCAGAAUGGGCUCCACCAGCAGUGUCCGGACUGCCAGGUUUCAUACUGCAGUGCGGAGUGUCUGAAGGCAGCCAAAGAACAGUAUCACAAGGUCCUGUGUCUGGGAUCUGCCCGGGACAACCAAAGCCACCCACUCAACAAGCUGGAGGAAGCCUGGCGAAACAUGCAUUACCCUCCGGAGACCGCCAGCAUCAUGCUCAUGGCCAGGAUGGUGGCCACUGUUAAGCAGGCAAAGGACAAGGACUGGUGGCUCCAACUUUUCACCCAGUUUUGCAGCAAAACGGCCAAUGAAGAGGAGGAGAUCGUCCACAAGCUCCUGGGGGACAAGUUUAAAGGUCAGUUGGAUCAGCUGCGACGUUUCUUCAUGGAGGCCUUGUACGAGGAGCGAGUGAGCCGGUGGUUCACGCCUGAAGGCUUCCGAUCAUUAUUUGCUCUCGUAGGAACAAACGGGCAGGGGAUCGGCACAAGCUCCCUGAGUCAGUGGGUUCAUGCGUGUGACGCUCUGGAGCUCCCAGCCCGGGAGAGGGAACGCCUGGAUGGCCUGAUAGAUCAGCUCUACAAGGACAUCGAGAAAGAGACCGGGGAGUUCCUGAACUGCGAGGGGUCAGGAUUGUACCUGCUACAGAGCUGCUGUAACCACAGUUGUGUCCCCAAUGCCGAGGCCUCUUUUCCUGACAAUAAUUUUCUCUUACACAUGACCGCUUUAGAAGAUAUCAAGCCGGGAGAGGAGAUUUGUAUUAGUUAUCUGGACUGCUGUCAGAGGGAGCGGAGCCGGCACAGUCGACACAAGACGCUCAGGGAGAACUACCUGUUCAUCUGCGCCUGUGCGAAGUGCCUGUCUCAGUCGGAGGACGCAGACGUCACAUCGGAGGAGGAAGACGAGGACGCCGAACUGGAAGAGACGGACGACGCCGAGCUGGAAGAUGAGAUGACGGAUGUCUGAUUAGCUGCAACGUCAGGCCCUUCCAUCUGCCACUGCUGCAGCGCAAGGAUCCGGAGAUCCCUACCAUCCCUCACUUCCUGUGCGAGCAACCCCGAGAUGCCCAUAACCGAGCACUUUGAUUGGCUAUGCCUUUGCCACGGGAA